AUGGUAGAUGCAGGGAUAGCAGAUGAUUUCGGUUUGUUGACUGCAGCAUAUUUGCAGCAACUGAAGGAGGCAAAAGGGGUGAUGCUCUCAGUCUGCUCAGCGGACUACGCAGAGAUGACGAGUAGUCCCUACUCCUCCUUCGCUGUGCUAAAGUUCGCCCUCGAUAAUGAUACAGUGAUCUUGCCUUUGAGGGUCGAAGACAUCUAUCCGCCCCGGCCGCCAUCGGGUGAAGACCACCCGUUUGACAAGCACGGAGCUGCCAAAGGCCUGGUAGCAAGGACCAUACCCGGCUCGAGGGUGUUCUUGGACUGCAGGAACAAGACGAAGGAGCAAAUCACGGACGAAAUCGCAAAGAGUCUAAUGCGUCCCAAAGCGAAGAAGGGCAGCAGCCCCAGUUUGGUCGGCAAUGUACACGAAGCUUCUACUCCUCCUGAACCGAGGCCAUGGAGGCUAGCGUUGCUAAGCCGCCGAGCCUGGUGUUCGAAGGCCGAGCCUUCCCUGAGAGAAGCUGGCAGACCCAGAAGUGGUAUGGGCGGUGGGGCCUUGGCGGCUGCGGGGCGGCAACCGAGUCCUAAUUCGACUUCGUCUCUUGAAAGUGAGACGGAUCCAAGUUCUUUCCUCUGCCACGUAAAUCCCUCGAGCCACCUGUGGCGUUCAAGCUUCGGACAUUUUCCGACCGAGGUUCAGGACAAAGCAAAAGCAAUAGCAUACCAACCGAUGGAGGUGGCCAAUGCACUAAAGGGCCGAGGACAGAGCUGGCGAAUCCUCCACGUCGGAAGGAUUAGCGGGUGCCCUCACCGCAACGGCUGUUGUGGGUUCAGUUCGUCCACGCACUGGCACUCGUCUGGCGGCAGGCCGUGGACAGGCUAG